AUGCUGGGCAUCGGCCGAGGGUCUCGAGAAGGCGUUAUUUCCCGCGAAGCGUCGCAAUGGAGCGUAGCAUUGCGGUUGCUCCGCGAAGGACUUCGAUUAGGUGUGCAACUUGUCCCAGGCCACUACACUGCGACUGCAAGCGCAUGCAGAAAAGGCGGGCAAUGGCAACACGUGCUUUCAGUGCUCAGUGACAUGUGGGAGGCGAAGCUGGAGCCCAACGUCAUCUUCUCUGCAAUGCAGGGACCCGUGCGUGCGAGAAGGGCGAGCAGUGGCAGCGGCUACAACGCUGGGAUCAGCGCGUGCGAGAAGGGCGAGCAGUGGCAGCGGGCACUUGCGCUGCUGAGCGAGAUGUGGGAGGCGAAGCUGGAGCCCGACGUCAUCAGCUACAGCGCUGGGAUCAGCGCGUGCGAGAAGGGCGAGCAGUGGCAGCGGGCACUUGCGCUUCUGAGCGAGAUGUGGGAGGGCGAGCAGUGGCAGCCGGCGCUUGCGCUGCUGAGGGAGAUAUGGGAGGCGAAGCUGGAGCCCAACGUCAUCUUCAGCUACAGCGCUGGGAUCAGCGCGUGCGAGAAGGGCGAGCAGUGGCAGCGGGCACUUGCGCUGCUGAGCGAGAUGUGGGAGGCGAAGCUGGA